AUGGAGUACAAACUUGCUCAUCGCAGUGUCGAAAACGGGAAGCCCAAGUUGGCAAAAGCCUUUGUCAAUUCAGAACAAGGAGACAUUGGUUAUGUGUCCAAAUGCGCCUUUGCCUAUGCUUCGGCAAAAGCCGGACUGGCAGAGAUGACUGAAAAUCGGGGGCCGCGACUCAGUCACCCACGUUCAAGAUCACGACGGAUAUUCUGUAAUUUCCGUGGACACAAGGGUUUCUUUCCGUUGCUACGGCUAUGGACGUUCAAGAGUAUUCCCCAUUUGUUAUUGCAACUCGUGAUCUUCAAGUUCUUGGCUCGGAGACGUUCUCUGUCCAGAGCGACCUCUUCUUCAGGCGGGCCUUUCUAUUGCGAACCUUCACAGAACCGUCAAGAAUGGGAUCUGCUACGCAUGCUGCAAUCCACGGCUCCAGGUGCAAAGACGCCUAUUCCACAAGUUCAACUUGUUCAUUUUCGGGCCGCUUCCGGACCUUCCAACCCGCCUUCCAACCCAUCUAGAGCGCAAUCAAACGGUCCCCGCCCCCCAGAAAGAACAUCCACGGUUCCUCUUCGGAACAACGUCGCCAUAUUUUUGCCGUUUACAAUGCGGAGGAUCGCUCCCGUCGCGAUAUAAAACCCAAGGUUCAUUAGCUAUAACUUACCGCGUCCUUGUGUUACCGCAUUUCAUCGUGACCAAACAAAAUGCUCUCCUUGUCUUUUGCUGCUUUGGCUCUCUUCGUGGCCGUGAAGGCUGAUUCUUGGGGUCCUGCAUACUCCCUAGGCCCUACGAGCUCCGCUAUCAUUGAGGCGUCCACGACCUUCACGCCCGGCACCCCCCCAACUGAUGCAGAAGAUUCCCUGUUUUUGUGGAUAGGCAUAAGCAACUCGACGAGCGGCCUGAUCCAGGCCGGUGUGGAUCAACUCGCGGACAAUAACGC